UUCGGUGAUGACUCUGACACGAGGUGGAUGGCUUGAUUAGGUGCUGUCCUCGGUGGAUGGGAGAUACGUGCGGUCGGCGGUCCGGGCUGCUCUUCCACUCGGCGGGCAACGUCCUUGGACUCCUGGUGUCCAGCGCGCGGUGGUACGAGCUGUCCCUCUAUGCCACGAAUGAUGUCCUCAGCUUGGCGGAUGAUGUCGACUGGUUCCUCUCGGCGUUCUGCGGGGUGCGGCGCGACUUCAAUCCUGACAUUCUCGGAGGGCGUCCAUAUCCAGUGCGGGAGUGGGCGUAUGGCGAACGGUUAUCUUCUGGUUUUUUAUCCGAGCGACAGUACGAGAGAUGGGGUUCCUGUUUCUGGGGCGUCGUCGUCC